AUGGCUCUCCUCUUCUCCUUCCACCGUCCAUCACUCCUCUUCGAGAACUCAUCCACCGCCACCACCAGCACGGCCACUUCCUCUAUCCUCCACCCCUCUGCCCCCAUUUCUCUGUCUUUCUCACUUCGUCCCAGAAGGAUCAAAUCCACAUCCAUUCGGUUCUCCUCAAACAAACCCCCAGCCAACUCCGGRUGGAACCYUGUCGAUCAAACCAUCAACGACGACGAAGAAUCAGAUGGGUUGCAGUCGCCCAAGGUGACAGACGAAUGGGGGGAGAAAUCUGAAGGGGAAAUUGAACCAUUGACGAGAUUGUCAACGUCUGAUCCUCCGAAAGACGAAGACGAAUGGGGAACAGGUGUGACGGAGCAAUCAGAUCAGUUUUCUGUUAGUGGAAAUGAAGCUACGGCGGUUGAGGGUAAUAGUAAAAUUGAAGAGCUGAAGAGGUGUUUGGUGGACGGUGUAUAUGGGUCUGGUUAA